AUGGCAACUUUUGGUGCUUUAGGUAUUGGUUUGAGUUUCCUUUUAGGUUGCAUGUUGAUGGGAUUUGUUGCAGAGUUGUACUACAUAUUGUGGGUGAAAAAAGGAAUCUCAAAAAGACCAACUGAGCUCUCAUCCAUUUUCUGUUGGAAGAAAUCAAAUUCUGUAAGAAAAAAUGGUACUCAAGAAGUUACCACAAUUGAAAUUAAUGGUCAAGAUCAAGACUUGGAGUUAGGGACCAACAAUGGUUUGUUGCUGAAAGGUUUUGUUGAAGAUGAUGGAGAGUCAUCGUCCCAUCAGGAAGACUACCCUAUAAAAUUGGAACGAUACAGAGAAGAUAACGCCGAGUUAGAGCUGAUGAGACUGCAUAAUCUUAGGUUUCUCUUUACUAUUAAAGAGGAAACAAAGGAGGAUUUGGAAUCUAAUGAUGGAAAAUCUAGAGGCGAUAGAAGUAGAAAAGGUUCAAGAACCAGAAGCUUUAGUGACCUUACCCUUGUUCUUACUCCGUUAUCUUCACCACCCGUUAAAUCUCAAUCUCUUGAUUCAUACAACAGCCAAGAAUUCAAUUUCAACCCUCUCUUUGAAUCUGAAAUUGAUAGUCUAAAAUCUUCACCCCCUCCUAAGUUCAAGUUCUUGAGGGAUGCUGAGGAGAAACUUAUAAGAAAAGUCCUUAGAAAUGGGGUUAAUUCUGUUCAAGAUUCUAUAAUGAAAUUACCUUCUUCAAGUUCAUUUUAG